AUGGAAUCGAUUGAGAACGGUCCGAAGCCCACUACUUUUCCUCUGAAAAAACUUCCAUUUGUAGCGUUAAGACAUGUAAUUCAAGUUAUGGAGAUUGAUGAAAUAGUAAAAACUGCAAUCACCUCGAAAUAUAUGGAAACCAUUGUGAAAAAGUGUUAUAUUCGAAUUGGAAGUACAGAGAUUAGUUUCAACGGCGAAAACACAGUCAUUUUCAUAUAUAAUCCAGAUUUGAUUAUUUGCUGUGGAAACAAAACUUUACUAUUGGAUAAAGGACCAAAUGUAAUGAAAAAAAAUUUCAAGUCAUGGUUCUCUGAAACAUUGACAGUCCUCGAAAGUACCCAAAAAAUAUUGCCCCGAGUUUGCGAUUUGUUUCAUUGUAAUCAAUUCUCAUUGAUCGUAGUCUCAGAAGGUGUAAACUCGACAACCAAUGAGAUAUUGAAAAUUCCCGAAUUCCAAAACUUCAAAAUAAUGUACUUGUAUGGCAUAGAGUUCACAAAGAGAGAGUUGGAUGAUGUGAUAGACAUCCAGAGAGAAGAUCAAGGAUUACACAUUGUUAAAGGCCUAGUUCCUAUAGAUUACAGCCAUCCAAAUGCCUUCAAGUACACCGAUGUCCAUUACUGGGAUGCUCGUUGGAUUCGUCUGGAACAUCUUCUUUCGAUUAAGAACAGCACUGUAAUCACAAUCGGACUCAACAGCCUACUUCCCACCGAUAUCAAUAAAUUUCUCAAAUUCUGGGCGAACGCAGAAUAUGAUAUGUUCAAACACAUGCAUGUUGAUAAUACUAGAAGAGAACCAAUUCGUUUCAAAACUUUGUUCAAAGGACUCGAUGUAUUGCAUGGAUAUCGAUUUGGACGCUGGUGCAAACUAAUCGCAGUGAAAUCACCGGACACUCGAAAAAGACAGAUACUCAGCGUGAAUUGGUCGAAUGAGCGUAUUUACAUGAGUACCUGGGAUAUCAAUGAAAGAGUUCAAGUAAUAGGACAAGAUGAUGAACCGUAUGCUCCAGAAUUCGAAAUUCUGAAAAUGUUAGAACGGAGAAGAGCUUUGAAGAUGGAAUUGAAGACAGUGGGAGAGGAUGAGAUAAGAAAACAAGAACUAAAUGUAGCGAUCGAUCAGAUAACAACUGGAAUUACCUUGAAAGGAGUAACAUUUAGAAACGGAUGGCCAAUUCUCUCUCGAUAA